CCGUAUUUUCGGCCAUACAGAUUCGUGAAGUUAAUAACAUCUUCUUUCCUACCAACUUAACAAUUUCAAACCAAAAAAUGUCAAAUUGGUCAAAAGAUUGAGAAAAUGACCGAACCGAAGGCAACAACGAUGUGAACAUAAACUAGUUUACGUUCUUCACAUCAUCCCCACACAUACAAAUAAUUACACACUCCAUCUUUUUCCCCUUAUAUCUCUCUCUUUUGAAUUACCACUAGUAUUAUCAUCACAUUAAAACCCAUUUACAUUUUGAAUCAAAGUUUAAUUCCAAAACCUAUGAUAUAUGAUAUGAAAUGAAACAUCUACAAUUUGUUAGAAGAUGGAGUUCAUGGGCUUUAUCUAUUAAAAAAGCCUCUUCAUCAUCACCAUCAAAAGCUUUGCAUCUCUACUCCAAAAUGCAUAGAAAUGGUGUUCCUUUUGACUCUUUCUGCAUUCUCUUCACCUUAAAAUCUUCCACCCAUUUACAUAGCUUACCCAUCAUGCAGCAACUUCAUACACAUAUCAUCAAACUUGGUUUCAUCUCUCAAAUCCAUGUUGCAAAUUGUCUUUUAAAUGGUUAUGUUCUUCUCUCUUUCAUUGAUGCAUGUGUACUGUUUGAUGAAAUGCCGCAGAGGCAUACUGUCACGUGGAACACUAUGAUUUUGGGGUAUUCGAGAUUGGGCGAUAUGAAUAAAGCACGUGAGUUGUUUGAAGAAAUGCCGCAGAGAGAUAGUGUUUCGUGGUCUUCUGUGAUUUCGGGUUUUACAAAAGUUGGAAGUUAUAUGCAAAGUUUGUGUCUUUUUAGACGGAUGUUGUUUGUUGAAGGAACGAAGCCGGAUCAGGUGACUUGUGGUGCGGUUUUAUCGGGUUGUGCUCACAUGGGGUCUUUUGGAUUGUUAGGUGGAAGAUCUGUUCAUGGUUUCAUUGUGAAAAAUGGGUGGGAGUUGAAUGUUGAGAUAGGUACUGCUUUGGUUAACAUGUAUGCCAAAGGUGGGGUUUUGAGAAAUGCUGCUAUGGUUUUUGAGUUGAUAGAUGAAAGGGAUGUUAUGGCUUGGACAGUGAUGAUUUGUGGAGUUGCUCGAUGUGGGUUUAAUAAAGAAGCAUUGGUUGUGUUUGAGAAGAUGCAAAUGGUUGGAAUCGAACCGAAUGAAUUGACUUUCACUGGGGUGCUUAAUGCUUGUGCUCGUGGUGGAUUUGUUGAGGAGGGAAGAAGGUAUUUCAAGAUGAUUGAAGAAUGUGGUUUGGAGCCAAGAGUUCAACAUUAUGCAUGUUUGGUUUAUUUGAUUGGGAAAAGUGGGAAUCUAGAGGAAGCUUAUGAGAUUAUCAAAACAAUGAGAGUGGAACCAAAUGUUGUUGUUUUGGGUUCUUUCUUGUCAGCUUGUAAGGAGCAUAAGCAAUUCGAGAUUGCUGAGAGGGUGAUUGAGCAGGUCCUGAGGAUGGCAAAUCCAGAAAAUGAUAGAGGGCUUUAUAACCUUAUUGCUGAUUUGUAUGUCAUUGGUGAGAAAUUGGAAGAGGCUGAAAGGUUGAAGAAAUCAAUGGUUAAUGAGCAUGUGAGACAAGCAAAGGGGUUAAAUUUUGACAGAAAUGUAUUUAGAUAAUCUUAUCAUAUAGUAUUUGUAUUCUUUCAUUUACAAAUCAUGGUUCUUUUAUUGAUGUUGACACCGUCUUUGGAGGUAGGGAAAGUUCUGUUCUAAGCCUAUUCUUCUUCUGCUUGUAUGUUGUAAUUCUUUCAUUUACAAUCAUUUAGAUGGAAGAAAUAUUAGAGAGUGUUGAGUUUAGACAACCAAACUCUAUCAAUGUUCAAUAAGUUUUGGUCCAGAAGUGUGUGACAAAUCUGAGGGCUGGCAGUGACACUGCAUCAUUAUGAGUUCAAGCCGCUGCUGUGUUCCAAUUUUUACUAGAGCAGCAUUUGUAUGAUUAUCACUUGGUCUCUUAGGUGAUUAGGAUGUUACACGCUUGGAUUUGUGACUAUGGUAGACAUUAAAUUACCAAGCUUGAUUUUAGCAAUUAAUUUUUGUAUACUUUUUUGGGUAUGAAUUACCAGAGUUAUAUUGGACCUUGACUAAUUCAAGUCGAGACAACUGGACUCAGAGCAAUAUGUUGUGCUAAGAAUAAUUGA